AUGGCUGACGUCUAUUUCGCGUUGAAUGGCGGUGGCUUGACAGGCUCUCCUCCCGACCCCGCAAUCACUGAGCCACCAGAACCUUACGACAAAGACAUUCUCAAGCGUCAGAAUGUAGGCACUUAUGAUGUUUGUGGGUACUAUUCUAUUCCAGGGCAGUUUUGGGUCGCGAACUACUGCUAUUACUCUGGCGUGUCAACGACGACCUGUGCAACCAGCAGUAGCCACAUUGGAUGUGACGGCUAUAUCAAGACAAGAUGCUUUACCUCAUUGACUUGCACUUCGACAUCAUCGGAUGAGCUAUGCUGCGCUUCGGGAUGUGUCACGGCGAUUUCGACUGAUAGUGACGGUGACGAGCUCACCCUCUACCCGUUUUGUACGACAAAAGAUAUGGAAGUGGCCAUGUACCAAAAUCUGGAGGGCGUCUCGGCUAGCAUCGAGACGUCGAUAGAGUCUACUUCCGAGCCUACGAGUUCAGACGGCGAGUUGACCACAAAGACAGGAACGACAGGAGAGAGCAAGACCCAAGAGAUCACCUCAUCUGCCGAAUCAAGCUCGUCAUCUGGCCCAGAUUCCUCUUCGAAGUCUUCUGCCCCCGUAGGAGCCAUUGUCGGCGGUGUUCUAGGGGGGCUUGCCCUGCUCACCUUGAUUGGCUUUGGUCUCUGGUUCAUACGCCACAAAAAGCGUCAAGCAGGUAAUGGAUCACACGUCGUCGCGGCGACUGAUCAGCCACCAGUCGUCCCCUAUUACCAGCAGCAGCCUGUCACUCACGCCCAAGGCGAGGUGAACUAUCAGCCGCUGUCAUCGGGUACCUUGCCUGAGCCAAAGGCGUACUCGCCUUCUUCUAACAUGCGGCAUUCAGCCUUUAAUGAACUUCAAUCUUUCCAUCAUGAUAGCACGAAUCCAGCUGGGUAUCGCUGA